AAUAAAGCUGAACCUGUACGAAUAGCUCGGCGCUCUUUUCUACGCUCCUCCCCGAAGGGUGUACGCUUCUUCGCGCAUGCUCUGCAGGCGUAAGGACGCCCGAGAUAAUGAAGAAAUAAACGUUGCGGGCCUACUUAAGCAGGGAGGGAGCAAACAUUACUGGGUUAUGGCUAUAUCAAACUUGAUCCGGACCUUUGGAUCACUGUUGCUGUCUUCAAGCCCGCGUCUCUCACAGAUACCUGUAAAACCAAAGCCCAUCUGCCUUACUAGCCAGCUCCGUGCAUACCAAGAAUCCAGCAGUUCUAUUCCAUGGACUCGCAAUCCAAUGUGGAAAUGCAGGGUGAAGUACACAGUUAGGCCCAUUCCCAUGAGAAAGACAGGAGGCCGAGAUCACACUGGUCGUAUCCGAGUCCAUGGAAUUGGAGGAGGGAGUAAACACAACUAUCGUAUGAUUGAUUUCCGAAGACUGCAUCACCAAAAUGAAGAAACGCCUGCUCCCUUUGAGGAGAAAGUGAUACUGGUCCGGUAUGAUCCAUGCAGAUCAGCUAACAUAGCUCUGGUGGCUGGAGGGCAACGGAAACGCUGGAUCAUUGCAACAGAAAACAUGGCGGAAGGUGACAUCAUCAGAACCUCAAACGAAAUAGGCAGGAUGGCUGUCUUGGCGAAGGAAGGAGAUGCAUAUCCUGUUGGGGCUCUACCAGUCGGGACUCUAAUAAACAACUUAGAGAGCCACCCCGGGAAAGGAGCACAGUAUAUUCGAGCAGCAGGCACAUGUGGUGUGUUACUCAGGAAGUUGAAUGGAACGGCCAUCAUACAGUUGCCCUCCAAGAGGCAAAUGCAGGUUCUGGAAACUUGCAUGUGUACAGUAGGACGGGUUUCCAAUGUCGACCACAACAAGCGCAUCAUUGGGAAGGCUGGCCGGAACCGGUGGUUAGGAAAGCGGCCCAGCAGUGGCUUGUGGCACCGCAAAGGAGGGUGGGCAGGACGCAAGAUCAGGCCCCUCCCACCCAUGAAAAGCUAUGUGAACCUGCCAACAGCAUCUUCCCGGAACUGAUGUUCUGGCCCUAUUUACUCAGGAUCCUGUGAUUAAAGUCUACCAUUUCUGACUUGCAAA